AUGCGAUACAAGGAAGAAAGUAAGGUGUACGAUUCGCCGUGGGAGGAGGUGACGGCCGCUUUUUGGCGCAAGUAUCCGAAUGAGCAUGCUUCUAACGUUAAAAGCGUUGAUCCGAUAGCUCGGGAAGUGCUGGUUGUUGAGCGAGGGGGUUGUAAUUUUACGAGUGGGGGAUCAUCUUCUUCGUCUUCUAGCGUGUUAUCGGACGUGGAAACAGCUUCAACUUAUAGUGCUGCGUCUUCGUUCGGCUCGUCUUCGGCCAGCACCUCAUCAACUAGUAGUUCCCCUGCAUCUGAUCUAGAUCUUGCGCUUGCAAGAGUGUCCUCCACAACCUCUACUUGCAGCUCCAUUUCUCCGUCUUCCUCGACUACCCCUCUACAGCAGAUCGAGAGUGCUGCGCAGUUCCGCGUCCGGCGGAUCAUGGCCCUAGAAUAUCCGCUACCCCAGUGGAUUGAGCGGGUAUUUGGCCAGAAAAUGCAUGGUCUAGCACUGGAAGAAGCUACGGUGGACUUGCCGUCCAAGACCCUAGAAUUGCGAAGCAGAAAUCUAGGACUGCUGAGGUUCCUCAACACAGAAGAGGUAUGCGUCUACAGGCCAGACCCGGAGAACCCGAAUAGAACGCUGUACACGAGUAGCAUGGGAGUCAAAGUGAACCUUUAUGGAUGAGUAUUUAUUAACGUUAUUUAGUACACGAGUAGCAUGGGAGUCAAAGUGAAUACUUAUGGGUGAAUAUUUAACGUUAUACACGAAUAGGAUGGGAGUCAAAGUGAAUCUUUAUGGGUGAAUAUUUGAAUGACGACGUAGAUUCUUAGCGGAUGUCUGCGGCCGUCUUUUUUAGACACACUGCUGGAACUGUUUUGUUCAUCCGGCAUUAGGCUAGAGUGGUAGUGGUACUAGCUGGGACACCAUGACAAAAAAGUGGAGAACUAAAAACCAUUGUGCGUCGUAGAUGAAUGAGUUGUAAAUGCUGCUCGAAUAAGAACUAGCUCACUCCUGAGUACCAAAUACUUCCUCAUCACGGGAAAAUAUUUUUUCGGUCGCCCGGUAGCCAAUCCCUCUUUUGCAAUUUCCCUCCUUCAUAUCCCUCCCGGCGAAGAUCGUUUUCCUCUUGGCGGAGGGUCCUUCGGUCUCCAAAGUGUCAUGGAAAACACGCUACUCGGCAAAGCGAAGGAGAAAGCCAGAGUUGGAUUUGA